AAAUUUCUCUUUUCCUCCAAAAAAUGUCAACAAAAUUAAUAAUUCCAAUAAUUUUAAUUAUUUUAUUAAUAUUACCAGAAGGGGAAAGUGAUUGUGUACAAAUGUGCAAAAAUUCAGCUUGUAGCCAAAUUUGUAGUAGAAAAAAGAGAGAAGGAGGAGGAGAUGAAGGUGUUAAACGAUUAAUUAAAAGAGAUUUUAAUGGAUGCCAAUUUACCCAAAUGGGGGGAUUGGCACGGGAAGAUUGUUCUCAAGAUGGAGGGGUUGUUGUUGUAAGGAAGGAAGGACGUAGAAAGAGAUUGGCAAAUUUGGAGAAAAUGAGAGAAGGGGGGGACUUUCCUUGA